AUGCCAGGAACAAAUAAUGAAACGAACACUCGCAACUCGAAUGAUGAUUUUAAAUUUUCUUUACAUAGCAAAUAUUUUUCACGAUGUUUAACAAUAUUACCUUCUCAUAUAAGUUCAUUAGACAAUAGUCGUGUAACAAUUGCAUUUUAUAGUAUAGCUGCAUUAGAUUUACUUAAUUCAUUACCUGCAUCAUUACCAUAUGAUGGAUCAGAAUUAAUAUCAUGGAUUUAUAAUUUACAAUUAAUAACUGAUUCUGAUGUAUGUGGUUUUCGUGGCUCAACAUGUACAAUUACAUCUCGAACAACACCAAAUCCUUAUGAUCAAGUUCAUAUAACUAUGACUAUGACAGCACUCUUAACACUUUUAUUAUUAGGUGAUGAUUUAGAAAAUGUUCAACGUCAUAAAAUCGCAUUAUCACUUGCUCAUCUUCAAUUACCAAGCGGUGCCUUUUUAGCUACACGUUUAUCAACUGAAAGUGAUUUACGUUUCGUUUAUUGUGCAUGUGCUGUUGCAUUUAUAUUGAAUGAUUGGUCUGGUAUAGAUAAAGAUUCAUGUACUAAAUUUAUUCUUCAAUGUCGAACUUAUGAAUAUGCUUUCGGACAAAUACCUAAUGCUGAAGCACAUGGUGGUUCAACAUUUUGUGCUAUUGCUGCUUUAUCAUUAAUGGAUCGUUUAAAUGAUUUAGAUCAACAAGACAAUCUUAUACGGUGGUGUUUACAACGACAAAAUGAAGGUUUUAAUGGUCGACCAAAUAAACCAGAUGAUUCUUGUUAUUCAUGGUGGAUUGGUGCAACAUUAAAAUUACUUAAUAAAGAUUUCUUAAUAAAUUGUGAACAAAAUCAAAUCUAUUUACAUGCAACUGAAUCAAAAAUGACUGGUGGAUUUAGUAAAUGGCCUGAUUCAACAGCUGAUCCAUUACAUUCAUGUUUAAGUUUAGCUAGUUUAUCAUUAAUGAAUCAUAGCAAAUUAAAAUCUAUUCAUCCAGCUUUAGUUGUUUCAAUAGAUGUUGUUGAUAGACUUAAAAAAACUAUACAUUCAAAAUGGAAAUUAUAA